UUUGUGACCCUGUUGUCAUAGCAACCUGAACUUUUUGAGGCAAAUCUGAUUAAAAAGGUGUCUUGGCAGGCCUCGUGUUUUCUUACACAUAAGUUCAGUUGCAUCAGAUUAGACCACUGUUCAUCCUGGCAGCAAAAAGAGGAAAAAAACAACAUGAUAGGGUUUUAAAGAAGCUUGAGUGGAAGGGGGUGGGCAGGGUGUUGGAUUUCAUCUUGAACCACCUGGUGAGGAGACACUUAAGGCGCGCCAGUGCGCACACUUUGGUCAGUGCGCACAACAGAUUUCACCGCUUUGGACCGAACUGAGGAAACUUUUUACUGGUUUUAGCGUCUCUGGUGAUGGACAGCCGGAUCAGGUCUCUGGAGCUGCCCGGAGGGCUGCAGAUGCCCCACUCCCUGCUGCGCCCGCCGCCCCUCUUCCUGCGCGCGUGCAACCCGGCGCUGGAGCGCGGGUACCCGCGCACCCCGAAGUGCGCCAGGUGCAGGAACCACGGCGUGGUGUCGGCGCUGAAGGGCCACAAACGCUUCUGCCGCUGGCGGGACUGCGUGUGCGCAAAGUGCACGCUGAUCGCGGAGAGGCAGCGCGUUAUGGCCGCGCAGGUGGCGCUGCGGCGGCAGCAGGCUCAGGAGGAGAGCGAGGCGCGGGACCUGCGCCUGCUGUACCCGGGAUCCGGAGUGGGUGUGUCCGCAGGGAGCCCUCAGAGGUCACCCGUGGGCCCAGAUGUCCCGGCAUCCUCCAGCAACUCCGCAACCGGGCCAUGUUUUGACGUUUUUGGAGCGCAGAACCCAAAAGAAGAUGACAAAGUCCACAAAUACAACUUUUACAAUGGAUACAUGGGCAGACCCCUUUUUGCGCCUCAUGGCGCACGCGUGCCCUCUCCCACUGACUGUAGGGAGCCGUCCCCGCGCCGGGACAGCGCCGCUUCCCCCUCCGCCGACAGCAAGAGUCCAUCCCCGGCGCGCGAUCAGCUCUCCAACCACACGCCGAGCCCGCAGAGGCCCGCGUCCUCCUCCGAUCCAGAAUCAGGGAACGAGUCCGAGAAAGCCAAAGACUACCACCCGGACCGGGACCCCACCGACAUCAUGGCCAGGAUCUUCCCCCACCAGAAGCGAGACGCCCUGGAGACUAUGGUGAAGACGUGCAAAGGGGACAUUGUCAAGUCCAUCGAGUUGGCGUUGAGCUCCAAGGACUCCAGCGGCGCGUCUCCGUCUGCGCCCAAGUCCGCCUUCUCCCCGCUCCACAGCCCCUCCAUCCCCGCAGCAGAGGGCCUGUACGGGCUCAGUCCGCGCCUGGGGGUCAGCCCGCUGCGCCUGGCCUACUCCUCUGCGGGCGGCGCCGGGUUCAUGUCCCCCUACAUGACGUCGGGACUCAUGCCCCUGCUGACCCUGCGCCCGCCCAUGGACCCGCACGCCUUCCCGGGCGUCAUCCGAGACCUGUCCUACAUUCAGAGCAAAGAGCCGCUGUGCAACGGAGGCUUUUACGCGCGAUUCAAUAACGACAAAUAACGCGUUAAUGGCGUUGUAGAGCGCCUCCAAAGUGGAUGGAUUUUGACAGUAUCCCACUCAUAUGUCUUAGAUUAUCAUUUUUGCAAAUAAUAAACACAACUUUGAGUUUUUUUGUAGAAUUUGUUAUUGUUUUGGUAUUUUAAUAAAAAGUGGUCCAUUUUAAGAGUCAAUAAUAAAAUGAAAAAGCAUGGCAGCAAUAAUUUUGUGUUAAUUUAUAGCAUAUUUUUUUAUUAUUUUAUUUGAAAGUAUGACAUUUUUCAUUUUUAAGUGCCUCAAAAUGGUUACAAUUGUCCACUUAUUAUUGUGUCAGUUUUUGAUUAUCAUUAUUUUUGCAAAUAAUAGAGACAAUUUUGAUUUGUUUUGUAGAACUUGUUCUUAUUUUGGUAGUUUAAUUAAAUAAAACCAUGCAGUACAAUUCAUUUUGACCGUAGACUGUAUAUGAGAAUUGGAAUGAGUGACUCCUCCCCUCUGAGGAGUCCUUUCAUAAAGGAAGUUUCAAGAGGCCAUAGACUUCUAUUGAGAAAUUAUUGUUUAGUUAUUAUAUUGCUAAUCUUAUUUUUUCAACUUAAAUAUUGUUUUUUUUUUCAAGUUAUUCAACUUAUAAACUGGCCAAUCAGAUGCAUUCAAUAAAGUAGGUGGUCUCAUAUCAAACGUUUGAAAUGUUUGAUCAACAGAUUUCGUGUUGCCCUCUUUGAAGUGGGAUGUGGCCAUCUAAUAAGAUCACUCCUGAUUGGCCAAACAAAGUGGUUUCCAUGGAAAUGUUGACUCAGACCGAUUUAGACCAAUUCUUGCUUACUGAUGACAUCAUGGUUCCGACGUGGUUAUUUUGAAAAAAAAGUGCGGGACUUGCUAUUUUGGAUUAGUAAAGUAAUUCUGACACCAUACUCGUUACUUAUUUUGUUGGUUGUAUUUGUUUUUUUAAACAGUAAAUAUGGCGUCACAGAUGCAUGAUACCUUCUCGCAGAGACUUCUGGGAAAAUUUCAAGGGAUUUUGGAAUUGUAAAAUUUAUACGCCCUGACAAAAUGGCUGACACACCUUUUUUCUCUAUGUAACGAGUAAUGAAGGAAUUUGGAUACAAUAUAAGUUUACAUCAUUUCGUUUAACCUAAAAGUAAACUUUUUUUUUAAUGGGUGACAUCACACUUGCUCGGUCCAGGUCUUAUUUACAGUCAUUGCUUUACUUUUAAAAAAUGGUGAAAAUCAGUGUAUUUUGAGAAAAAAUUAAAAUGAAAGAGGUAUUAUGGCAUUUGAUCUUUUUGUUUGGAUAAAAAACAAACAUUCUAUUAAUUUAUAUUUUGUUGUUGGAAAGUAUAUUCUUUGACUUUAGUCUAGCAAAAGAAAAAUAAUAAAGACUGUGCUGUAAACUCCUUACUUUCAUCUUGUAUUCAAUAAAUAUAUAUAUUUUUUUAAUUUAGAACCUUUUUAAUAUAGUUUUACUAGCUGUUUGCUAAAAAAAAAACAU